AUGUCUUCACGAAGCUUGAACGUGCUGGUAACCAGCUUUGCUGGUCUUGGACUGCCACCAACUCUGGUCCUUCCUCUUCCGCCAUCAACAACAGUCUCAGAGUUGCGCGAACGUAUCGAUGAUCGAUUACCAACAACUCAGUCAAGACUCAUCCUUACAACUCUAUCAAAUAAGCAGCUCCCGACAUCAUCAGACUCUCCUAUCUCCGACUAUCUUUCCACAACCGAUGAUGAGUUUCUUUCCCUACGACUGGCUGUGCCCCUAUGCGGUGGUAAAGGUGGCUUUGGAUCACAGCUUCGAGCGGCCGGUGGUCGCAUGUCCUCGCGCAAGAAGAAGAGUCAAGAGGACCACGGUUCGAGCCGAAAUUUGGAUGGACGAAGACUACGUACUGUGAACGAGGCUAAGGCUCUAGCCGAAUAUCUAGCCAUCAAACCCGAAAUGGAGAAGAAGGAGAAAGAGAAACGCCGUGAACGUUGGGAGCAGAUCGUUCAGCUCUCAGAGCAGAAAGAAGCAGAAAUCAAGUCAGGCAGUAAGAGUCGCCUCGACGGCCAAUGGGUUGAGGACAAGGAAGAGAGCAGUGAGCGGACUCGGGAGGCGGUUUUGGCUGCCAUGAAGGCCGGCAACUACAAGGAUAAUCUGCUUGGUACCUCUCAAGGCUCUAGCUCUACUCAACCGAGCGAUGACCAAUCCGGAUCGGAGGAACAACAGGACGCUUCCUCAGAGGAAUCAACGCCGCCCCCUGCUGACGAAGUCAAGGCCGACAAGGGCAAAGCAAGAAUAUUCUUUGGGUUCGAUGAAGACGAUGAAUUCAUGAGCUCGGAUGAAGAAGAUGCGGAUGAAGACGAGAAAAAGUGA